UUUUUUUAGUAGAUGAGAUAUCGAACCUUUCUUUUUUUUUUUUUUUUCAUGAGAAGAGCUACAGAAUUUUUUUUUUCAACUUGAUUAAUAACGAAUCUUGGGAUUACCUUAUAGUUCAAAUAUGACUGAAGAAAGACUACCAGUGAGGAAAGUCAAGGUGACUGCGUUAUGUGAGCUCUGUCAUGGCCGUAAAGCAGUUAUGAAGAGACCCAAAAACUUACAAAAAUUAUGUAAGGAAUGUUUUUACAAUGUUUUUGAAACAGAGAUUCAUAAUACUAUAACGGAUGCUGAGUUGUUUAAACCAGGGGAUGUUGUUGCUAUUGGUGCGUCUGGUGGUAAGGACUCUACUGUUUUGGCAUCGGUAUUGAAGACAUUGAACGAAAGAUAUAAUUACCAACUCAAGUUAGUAUUACUAUCUAUUGAUGAAGGGAUCAAAGGUUAUAGGGAUGAUUCAUUGGCUACAGUUAAAAGAAACCAAGCUCAAUAUGAGAUGCCAUUAGAAAUUGUUUCAUAUAAAGAUUUAUAUAACUGGUCUAUGGACGAAAUCGUUGCGUGUGCUGGGAUGAGAUCAUCAUGUACAUAUUGUGGUGUUUUGAGAAGACAAGCUUUAGAUAGAGGAGCUGCUAAAUUGGGUAUUAAUCAUAUUGUGACUGGUCAUAAUGCUGAUGAUGUAGCCGAAACGGUGUUGAUGAAUAUUCUCAGAGGUGACACUGCAAGAUUAGAAAAAUCAACUACUAUAGUUACUCAAUCAACUGGAUCACCAAUUAGAAGAUCAAAGCCAUUCAAAUAUACAUACCAAAAGGAAAUUGUUCUCUACGCCCAUUAUAAGAAACUAGAUUAUUUCUCAACUGAAUGUACAUAUGCUCCUGAAGCAUUCAGAGGUACUACUAGAGAAUUAUUGAAGUCUUUAGAAGCAAUCAGACCUUCAUGUAUCAUGGAUAUCAUUUACAGUGGUGAACAUUUAACAUUGAAACCUAAGAAAAAGAAGGUCACUCCUAAAUACAAAAAUCAAAAGAAAGUUAAUGAUGAAGUUGAAGUUAAUGCUGAUGGCUCAGUUUCAUUAAAUAAAGAAUUUAAAGAUGGUAAUAGAUGUGAAAAAUGUGGUUACUUAUCGUCUAAUAAAAUUUGCAAAGCAUGUAUGUUAUUAGCGGGAUUAGAAAUGAAUAGAGCCAAAGUUUCAAUUGAAAACAAUGCAUCUAUUGAUGGGGCAGCAAAAUUAUCGAAAACUUUAGAACAAUUGAGUUUUUAAUACUUAUUUAUUUAAUACUAAUAGACAUGAACUAAGGAAGCUUAGUAACUGGGAAUACUAAAGUUUCAAUUGUUACAAUAUUUUAUCAUCUUGUAAGACUUUAAUCAGGCAAUGCCAAAGCUUCAGCAUAUUGUUCGGAGACUU